GUCUUUCUCUCUCUCCCUCCCUUUCAAUAUCGUUUUCUCACUCGCUCCCACUCGUUGAGUUGUUCUCUCUCCCUCUAUCAUUCUCUCUGUCUCUCGCUCUCGGUAACGCCGAGGAUUCGCCGGAACAGUUCGCGGGACGACGUUUUCACGGGCAAACUGCGAGUGACAGCUGCCAGUCGUUGUCGGCGCGCGCUCUGCGUAUAUUUUUCCUAUAACUGAGUGUGUCUUAUUCGAGGAUAUCUUUCUACAAGUAUAUAAACGCGAGUAAAUAAUUAUUAUUGCAUUUAAUUGCUCUACGUAUUCUUACGUUUUAUCGUCGUCGACGUCGUCGUCGUCGUCGUCGUCGUCGUAGCCGUAGUCGUAGUCGUAGUCAUAGUCAUCGUCGUCGUCGUUGUGUUGUUGUAGUCAUAUCGUCAACAUCGAUGUGUCAAGUGUGAUUAUGGUGUGUGAACAAAUAAUUGUUUAAAAAAGAUAAUAAUAUUUAUAGAAAUAUUAAUAGAAAAAGUAUGAAAAAAUUAUUUUAUUUAAACUCUGAAUUGUUUUACAACAUAGUUUAGUCCUCCUCAACAUCGUCGUCGUCGUCGUCGUCGUUGUCGUUGUCGUCGUCGUCGUCGUCGUCGUCGUCGUCGUGGUUGUUAUUAAUCGUUAAAAUAUAAUCUCAGAGUUAAGUAAAGGAGAAGUAUCGUGAAGCUGGAGUCUCUUAUUGGUCGAGACGAAGUAGAAGAAGAAGAAGAAGACGAAGACGAAGAGAAGGAGGAAGAGGAGAAGAAGAAGAACAAGAAGAAGAAGAAGAAGAAGAAGAAGAAGCAGUAAAGGAGAAGGCACGGUCGAAGGCAAAACGGACGAUUCAAAAGGCAUUCCUUAGCCAGACUACUAAGAACAUUAUUACAAGGUGUAAAAGUGCAUGUGUGCCGGCAAUAUCAUUUUUAUUCAUAUUAUUCCUAUUAUUUCGGACUCGCUGAUAUAUUUCAACUACGAUCAAAUUGUUCUUCCAACGGUGCUGUUGGCUUCGUUUUUGGGUCAGGUCAUGGUAAGCGGCGGAAUGGCUGGGCAGCACUACUGCCUACGUUGGAACAACUACCAGUCCAACAUGACAUCCGUUUUCCAUCAACUCCUGCAAAACGAGGCUUUCGUAGACGUCACCCUGGCAUGCAACGAAGCUUCCUUGAAGGCACACAAGGUUGUCCUAUCGGCGUGCAGUUCCUACUUUCAAAAACUUUUACUCUCAAAUCCAUGUAAACAUCCAACUAUCAUCAUGCCACAGGACGUAUGCUUCAGCGAUCUCAAAUUCAUCAUAGAAUUUGUCUACAGAGGAGAGAUCGAUGUAUCUCAAGCAGAACUACAGUCGCUUUUGAAAACGGCCGACCAAUUGAAAAUCAAGGGCCUCUGUGAAGUACCUGAAAGUAAGGACGGUCCACCAUCAGUGAGUUUAAGCUCACCACCGAGAGAACCUGGUUCACAAAGAUUCAACUUUACCAGGUUGAAAAGACCUUAUCCGAGGUAUAAGAGAACGAGGACAUCAUUUGAGCCUCGUGCCACUGAUUCUAGGCAUUACGAUAGAUAUAAAGAGGAAGAGGAUAGUGAUAGUUACCAUCGCAAAAAUAAAGAGAAUCGCAGGGACUGGCAGGUAGAAGAUGAAGAGUGUACGGAGGUGGCAGCAGCAGCAGCAGUAGUUUUGGAAAGUUGCCAACGUAACAGUAACAAUAGCAGCAACAACGCUAACGGUACAAACAACAACAACAAUAACGGUGACAUGUUCUGUCACACAGGGCUAGGUCAUUACGGUCAUCACCCAGAUCCUGGUGAGGUAGAUCUGCCUCCAGAAACACAGCCCACACCACCGAGCGCUACUUUGGUCGGUACCACUAUUACUCAUUUGCGAGACUCUGAUCAUCAUUCGACUGAGAUACAAAAUUGCGAUACAGUAAAGAUCAAGUUCGAAACCCUGCACACGAUGGAUUCUGCGGACACGAUCGAUAUCGACAGUCACAUGUCGGACAGAGCGAGUGUAAGCUCAAAAAAUGCUGCGGACAGCGACAAUAUGAUGAUGAUAACGCCUGAACUUCUCGGACUCAUGCCCUCUGGCAGUUCGAUUCAUUCGGACUCGGGUGAAAAUAAUUCGAGAGGUCAUUCUGGACAUUCACAUCAUCAUGGUAAUAAAUCAUGGACACAAGAGGACAUGGAUGCUGCGUUAGAAGCAUUAAGAAAUCACGAUAUGAGUCUUACGAAAGCAUCUGCUGCAUUUGGAAUCCCAUCAACGACACUCUGGCAAAGAGCUCAUCGUUUAGGAAUCGACACGCCAAAAAAGGACGGACCUACGAAAUCCUGGAGCGACGAGAGUUUGAAUAAUGCAUUGGAAGCACUAAGAACAGGAACGAUCUCAGCUAACAAGGCAUCCAAAGCUUUUGGUAUACCUUCCAGUACACUUUACAAAAUAGCAAGAAGAGAAGGUAUUAGAUUAGCUGCACCCUUUAACGCGAGCCCAACUACCUGGACACCUGCCGAUCUAGAUCGUGCAUUAGAAGCAAUAAGAUCUGGUCAGACCUCUGUUCAGAGAGCUUCCACGGAAUUUGGUAUUCCUACGGGAACGCUAUAUGGUAGGUGUAAGAGGGAAGGGAUUGAACUUAGCAGAAGUAAUCCCACGCCUUGGAGUGAGGAUGCUAUGACCGAAGCUUUAGAAGCUGUCAGGCUAGGUCACAUGAGCAUCAAUCAAGCAGCUAUACAUUACAAUUUACCAUACUCCUCCUUGUACGGACGUUUUAAAAGAGGCAAAUACGAGGAACCGGUAGUCGGUGAUUUGUCACAGGACGGCACCAAUUCACAUUUUCAUCAAAGUCCUACGCAGAAUCACUCAUCUACGAUUCCCGAUCAAAUGUCCUAUCAAGGCAGCUGAAAUUUACCUUUGUAUUAGAUCGUUAAGUUAUAGUGAAUAGUUAACUUCGGUUAUCUAUAUCUAUAUGUAUGAAGAGGAGAAAGGUGACACAAAAUACGGAGAGUGACAAAGAGAUGAAGAUGGGAAAAAA